AUGGGUUCUGAGAGUAACAUUACCUAUGUAAAUUGUUUGUCCCACGGUGCGAACAAUAGCGAUCAUGUAGCGCAGCGGUCAUCGGUUGCUGUUACGGCUGCGCUGGCCAGCGUGCUGAUUUUCACCAUCAUCGUCGACAUUCUCGGGAACGUUCUUGUCAUUCUGUCUGUGUUCAGGAAUAAAAAGCUGAGGAAUGCAGGUAACAUCUUCGUGGUUAGUCUCUCCGUGGCGGACCUGGUGGUUGCUGUGUACCCUUACCCCUUGGUUCUUACUGCGAUUUUCCGUAACGAAUGGACCAUGGGUGAUUUCCACUGUCAGGUCAGUGGCUUCAUCAUGGGUCUGAGUGUCAUUGGCUCCAUCUUCAACAUCACAGCCAUCGCCAUCAACCGUUACUGCUACAUCUGUCACAGUCUACACUAUGACCGCUUCUACAGCUUGAAGAACACUUGCUGUUACCUUGGUCUCACCUGGCUGCUCACUGCCAUAGCAACAGUACCAAAUUUUUUUGUGGGCUCCCUCCAGUACGACCCCCGGAUUUUCUCCUGCACUUUUGCUCAGACUGUCAGCUCUUAUUAUACCAUUUCAGUGGUGGUGAUCCAUUUUCUCAUCCCACUCCUUGUGGUCUCUUUCUGUUACAUGAGAAUUUGGGUUCUGGUAAUCCAGGUGAAGCAUCGAGUGAAACCAGAAUUCAAGGUCAAAGUGAAGCCCAGUGACCUGCGGAAUUUUCUGACUAUGUUUAUGGUGUUUGUCCUGUUUGCUGUGUGCUGGGCACCACUGAACUUCAUUGGUCUGGCUGUAGCUAUCAAUCCUGUGAAAGUUGCUCCAAAAAUCCCUGAGUGGCUUUUUGUCACAAGCUAUUUCAUGGCAUAUUUCAACAGCUGCCUCAAUGCCAUAAUCUAUGGACUCCUCAACCAAAAUUUUCGUAAGGAAUACAAAACAAUCCUCUUAUCCCUGUGCACCCCCCGAAACUUUCUCAUGGAUACCUCCAAAUAUGGAACAGAUGGUCCGAAAAGUAAGCCAUCGCCUGCCAUAACAAAUAACAACCUGGCAGAGAUUCACCUGUAA